GGCGCCGUCAAUCGGCCCUGGACUACACGUAGCGUUUUUUUUAACGAUAUUUAUCAUUAAAGGUUCAUUAUCGCUGUCCUAGACCAACUCCUUUAUUAUCGCUAUUCAUUUGUUUUAAAAUAUCAUAUAAUGUCAGAUCGCAAAAAUAAUUGUAUUUUGUGACGAAUUGUAAAUAUUCGAUAAUGGCUCCCAUACGAUAUAGCUUACAUUACGAGGAUUACUCUGAACACCUGAUGUCGAGAUUUGGUACAUUAUUGCAAAUGCAAUCACUGGUGGAUAUGACGCUUAUGUGUAGUUCGCACACUCUGCGUGUUCACAAAACUGUACUGGCAGCUAGUAGCGCUUAUUUUCAGGAGGUUCUUCAAAAACAGACCGGCGAACCAUUAAUUAUAUUAAAGAUGCGAUUCAGUGUGUUGAAAUGCCUUGUGGAAUUUAUGUAUUGCGGUAAAACUCAAUGUUUGGAAGAGAAUUUGGACGAGUUGGUAGCAGCGGCGCAGUUCUUGAAGAUUAAGGGAUUAUCAAAAGUCAACAAAGAGGGGCUUGGCAUUACUAAUGAUAGCGAGACGCUGGUUUUUACCCCACCUGUUGUCAUAAAUCGACCGCCGCAAUCUUUUAUCGACUUGCACGUGCAGGAGGGUGGCCCGAAGCCGCCGCAACUUGCUCCGGCAACGAGCACCAGUCAGACCGACAACCAUUGCAGGACUAAUAAGGACAUGGUGGUGCGAAUACCGUUUGACAUAGAGAAUGGUGGCGGAGUCAACACCCUGGACUACGGCGACGGGCCGCGAGCGAUGAAACCUCGCCGCGGCAGGCCCAGUGUCAGGAGGUCGGGAGGCUGGGAGGGUCCUGGAUCGCUGGGACGUGCUGCGGAGCGCGCUCUACAACGUCGCGAGCAAGACUCGCGCAAAGCUAUUCAUCAUUUGAAGCAUUUACAAAGUCGACAUAUGCAGGAUUACAUGGAUAGAGUAACUCUAUCGCAAGCUGUCAACAGUAUAUGCGGGCCUGAAUCCUCAUCCAACUAUAUGAACAUCGACAACGACCUCAUGUACAUGGACCAGACGGUCUCCUCCAAUGUGCUGGAUCCGACCAAUCCAUACUCCAAGGAAUCUACUGGCAUUGACCCAAUUACAUCAAACUAUCCGCCAACAAACACUACCACUUCUGAAACUGCGUCCACCGGUAUCAGCACUGCUAUGUCUCAAUACGUUAACGCGUUGAAGAAUGCCGGACUACCCACAGAUUUGCCUAUACUCUUCGAAUCCGGUGACGGCUCAUACAUAAAUGUCAACGAGCAAGUAUUAUUGGAUAUGGUACAAAGCAGCGAAAUUCAGUACGAAGUAAUCGAACAACCAAACAUCAUAGAAAAGGUCUCCGAUCCGAGCGAAAUCAAAAGUAUCGACGACCUGUCGAAAUCUAUUGAACGUGGUGAAAUGCUCCUAGGGAAUAAAGUUUUCCCAUCGACAAAUGAAUAUGACAAAGACCCUUCGCAGUUCAGUCGCCAAGAUCCCAUCAACAGUUUAAAUUCGAUACUGCCUGACAACUUAGAAAGUUUUGCGGACCAGCAAAACUAUGUGGUCUUAGAUCCUCCUCUCCGAGAUACUAACAGCUCAAUGGAUCCUGUGAAUGCUGCCGAUUUUUCAUGCAUCGAUGGCGACAUGCAAUUCUUUACAAAAUCGAUGACCGAUGAUGUGAAAAAGUAUUACGAAGAUCAGCAGUUAAAUGAUGCACAAGUAAUUGAACAAUUAUGCCCUGCAAGUACCACGUUGGAUACAAGCUUUAACAUGUCAUUGCUCGAUACCAAAAUCUCACAUUUGGGUGAAAACCUAACAGAACAGUAUAAUUCCCUAAACACUGACGAUUUAAGACGAAGCGAGGACUGUUAUGACUUUGGCCUGCAACUUCCCCAACCAAACGACUUUAAAGAGGAAUCUCUAGAAUGUCUGAUGGCUACUCCGAAGCGAAAUGACGAAGGCUCAUACGAAGGAGGAAGUCAAUUUGACGAAAGAAGAAGUAAGGAAAGAGACGAUAUAAUAAAAGAUUUAAUAAAUAUGGAAAAUAAGAUAAAUGUGGCGCAAAAUAGUGAAAAUCUUAUUCAAAAAGCAAACAAUAGUACUUCUGAAUCAAACAUGCAAGAAUUUAAUGUCGGGUCUGUAUUCCAGGACAUCAGCAAACAAUUACUUUCUGAUAAGGGGAAUAAUGAUCUAUCUACCUCUAUUACCUCUAGUGGACUACAGUGGGAUAGUUUUGACAUUGACAAUAAGGACGACAUUGAAAAUAAUAAGACUGAAAAUAAAGAAACAUUUACCACAGAAGGACAAACAGAUAUAGUAAGAGAAUCUAAGUUUUCUACUCCUAUAAUAGACUUGACGGACCCGGUGAAUACCAACCCACAACAAUGGGAGAGUUGCGAUAUGGAUGUUAAUGAACAUGGCAAAAAAGAAACCGAAAAACCUGUUACAAAUUCAGAAGACUUGGAAGACAAAGGGAAUGAUAUACCCUAUGCAGUAGGAUUAUUACCUUUAAAACAAAUGGAAGCGAAUGAAGAUUGCAACUUACUGAAGCGGAAAAAGUCCAUAGACGUAGAUCUAUUAGAGAAUGUAGACGCUAAAUGUUUAAAACGUAAGGUUAAACACAAAAUAAAUUUAAAUUAAUUACGCAUGUUUAAAUGGUCAAUGGUUUUGUUAAUAUAAUUAUAAUUAGCUUAAA